UAGGUUGUUGCACUUUUGACAGGGAAGUUUCGUCGCUAUGAGUCAUUACCCUGUGUGACAUCAUCAAUUGAAGUGACAAACUGCUAAAAACCCAACCUGAACAUGGCGUCCGAUGGAGAAGAUUUUAUAACCGAUCAGGAGAAAGUGCGAAUAGUGUCCGAUUUCAUUCUCCACUCACCACCGGGAGAAUUCAACGAGGUAUUUAACGAUGUGAGGAAGUUAUUAAAUAACGACGAUCUUCUAAAAGAAGGUGCUAGUGGGGCAUUCGCCCAGUACAACAAGGAUCAACUGACCCCAGUUAAAAUAGAAAAUACAGAUCAUCUGGUGCUAAUUACAGAAUACAACGACCUGGGAAACAAUAGGUUUUUCGACCCCAGAAGUAAGCAGAGCUUCAAGUACGAUCAUUUGCGAAAGGAGGCUUCCGACUACCAGCCUUACACCCCUGAUUCUGCUGCGGAGCCUUGGAGAGCAGCCUUAGAUUCGGAAUUUAAUCAGUAUACCAAGAACCAUUACAAGGACGGAGUGUGCAGUGUAGUAGGCCGAAGCCAAGGAGGCGUAAUAACACUUAAUGCUUGUAUCGAAGACCACCAGUUCCAACCAAAGAAUUUUUGGAAUGGAAGAUGGAGAUCGCAAUGGUCCGUGACAUUAAACGGAGGUUCUACUGCUGAAAUUAGAGGCGUGUUGAAAGUACAAGUUCAUUACUACGAAGAGGGCAAUGUCCAGUUAGUGAGUACUAAAGAAAUAAAGGAAUCGGUUAGCGUAUCUAGUGAGGCCCAAACAGCAAAAGAUAUAGUGCAAGUAAUCGAGGCCGCUGAGAAUUUGUACCAAACGGCCAUUUCGGAGAAUUACCAAACUAUGUCAGACACGACAUUUAAGGCUUUGAGAAGACUCCUUCCCGUCACCCGUACGAAAAUCGAUUGGAGUAAGAUUGUAUCAUAUAGCAUUGGCAAAGAACUAAAAACACAAUGAUUAUUGACUGAGUUUUAAUGUAAAGAACGGCUAUUUUCCGCCUUCUUGUUGCUUAGGAAUGUUUUGUAAAUAAUGGCCCAAUCUUGUUAAGUUUUUCGACAACAGGGAUAGCCAAAUUAGACUAAUUACAUAAGAGCGCUUCUUACAAUUACUAUUAUAUCAAAGUGUUUGAUUUCAAGAUCCCAAAUUGUCCUUCUGUCAUGAAAAUACUAUGAAAUGGGUACUCUUUAUGGUUUAUAUUCAUCAUUACAUUUAUCGCUGCUUCAUUCAUUUUUAAAUGUUGUCGUAAAAGUAUUUCUAAUGCUUUCUACUUUAUUUUUGUAAGUAUUAAUAAUUUUAAGUCUAUCCCUGUACGGUUUACGGAGAGUGUGCAAUAAGCGACACUGUAACACCGUACCAUUGCUUGACUAUUGGCUUUAUUAUUUUAUACUAUUAUUAUAUUCAUAAAAGUCUUAUAAUUCCUUAUAUCCUUAAUAAUGAUUCCUUGAAAUAUAUUUUGUUAUUUUAUAUGUUGUAAUUACGUAGGGAAGAUUUUCCAUCUCUAUCGCUGCCCUUAAAUAUUAAAUAAUUUAUAUAUCUUGUUAGAAUCAAACCGUUGUAUGGGUUAUUUUUAAAUAAAAAAAUUUAGUAACAA